AUGGGGGGAGGGCCAGGCGGCCUGAGGCUGGCGUACAGACACAGUCCCUGCGAUGGAGUGGUGCUCGUCCUACGCAGUGGGCAGUGGGGACACGUGUGCAACCACGAGUGGACGUUGGCAGAAGCAUCCGUGGUCUGCAGGCAGCUGGGCUGUGGACAUGCUGUGGGGGCCCCCAAGUAUGUCCCACUGCCGGGGGAGAUGGUGCAGCCCUGGCUCCACAAUGUGUCCUGCAGGGGUGAUGAGCCCUCCCUCUGGGAGUGCAGCCUCGGGGCUUGGACACAGACCAAGUGUCCCCAUGAGUGGGUGGUGGUCGCUCUGUGUGCGAAUGGCACUUUUCGGGAGAUCCGACUAGUAAAGGGUCGCAGCCCUUGCUCUGGAGUCCCCGAGAUCAGGAAUGUGAAUGGGGUGGAUCGCCUCUGUGGCCUGCAUGAGGAGGAGGCCACGGUGUUCUGCCGGGAGCUGGGGUGUGGGCCUGCGCUUCAGGCUCCCCGCCAGGAUGCGGGCGACGGCGGGAAGUACAUGACAUGCCAGGGCACCGAGCCGACCAUCCGAAACUGCAGACUCAACAACCGCCUGCGCAAGGGCUGUGACUUCCAGCACGAUGCCGAGGUGGUCUGCUCAGGACACGUGGAAGCCCGGCUGGAGGGUGGUGAGCACCCCUGUGCUGGGCGGCUGGAAGUGAGGCGCGGCCUGACCUGGGGCACUGUCUGUGACGCUAACAUGGACCAGGCGACGGCCCACGUGGUGUGCCGGGAGCUGCAGUGUGGUUCGGCUGUGUCCGCUCCUGGGGGCGCCCGCUUUGGCCAGGGCUCUGGGCUCGUGUGGACAGAGGCCUUCCGCUGUGCUGGCAAUGAGUCUCUGCUGUUCCACUGUCCUCGGGGGCCCGGGCGCCAGUGUGGGCACCGCCAGGAUGCCGGGCUCAGGUGCUCAGGUGAGGCUUGGGAGGAGUUCCGGCUGGUCAACGGCAGCGGCAGCUGUGAGGGGCGCGUGGAGCUCCUGGUGCAGGGGGCAUGGGCACCCCUCUGUGCUGCCCACUGGGACCUGACGGAGGCCACCGUCCUCUGCCACCAGCUCAACUGUGGCAGCGCGGUGGCCACACCCCGCGGAGGCCACUUUGGGGUCGGGGACGCUCCCAUCUGGCCUGAUGUGUUUCACUGUGUGGGAACAGAGCCCUAUUUAUGGAAUUGUCCAGUAAGCACCCUGGGGGCCCGGGCCUGUGCCCCCGGAAACGCAGCCGCCGCUGUCUGCUCAGGUCUCCCCCAUGCCCUGCGGCUGCGGGAUGGACAGAGCCGCUGCGAUGGCCGCGUGGAGGUCUCCCUGAACGGGGCGUGGGGCCGCGUCCUGGACGACGCGUGGGACCUGCGUGGCGCCGGCGUGGUGUGCAGGCAGCUGGGGUGCGGACGCGCCCACCGGGCCUACGACGCCCCGGCGCCCGGGCGCGAGGCCGGCGCGGUGGGGCUGAGCCGCGUGCGCUGCCUGGGCUCUGAGCCCCGCCUGACCCAGUGCAACGUGUCCACGUUCCCCCUGGGACCCGCGGGGGGCUGGCGCGACGCGGGCGUCGUGUGCUCGGGGAGCCGGCGGGUGCGGCUGGCCGCGGGGCCACACCGCUGCGCGGGGCGCGUGGAGCUGCUGCACCUGGGCGCGUGGGGCACCGUGUGCGACGACGGCUGGGACCUGCGGGACGCGCACGUGGUCUGCCGGCAGCUGGGCUGCGGCCGCGCCCUCCGCGCCCUGGGCGCCGCGCCCUUCGGUGCCGGGGCGGGGCGCAUCUGGGCGGCCGAGCUGGGCUGCCGGGGCCACGAGCCGGCGCUGUGGCGGUGCCCGUCGGGGGCCCGGGGCCGGCAGGACUGCGGGCACAAGGAGGACGCCGGCGUCGUCUGCUCAGGGUCAGUGGCCCUGAGGCUGCGAGGUGGCAGCCACCACUGUGCUGGGUGGCUGGAUGUGUUCUACAAUGGGACGUGGGGUGCCGUGUGCAGUAAUGCCCUGAAGGACAUCUCCUUGUCCAUCAUCUGCAAGCAGCUGGGCUGCGGGGAUCAGGGCUGGCUCGAGAACAGGCCUGGUCACACUGGCUCUGGCACCUCCUGGGUGGACAACAUCGAGUGUCGCAGACUGAGAAACUCCACGCUGUGGCAGUGCCCCUCGGCACCAUGGCACCCACGCUCCUGUGCCCGUGGAGAGGAGGCCUGGAUCACCUGUGCAGGAUUGUCGGAGAAAAUAACACAGGAUUUGGGGGAGACCCUCAACUGCUCAUCCACCCACAGCUGCCCAGGGGAGGGAAUGCUGCGUGUGCGUGGAGGCCAGGACAGCUGCUCGGGCCGCGUGGAGCUCUGGCACGCUGGCUCCUGGGGCACCGUGUGUGACGAUUCCUGGGACCUGGCAGAUGCAGAGGUUGUGUGCCGCCAGCUGGGCUGUGGCCCGGCUCUGGGUGCCCUUGUCGGGGCUGCCUUUGGCCCAGGCUCAGGGCCCGUGUGGCUGGACGAGGUGGGGUGCCGGGGCAGCGAGGCGUCUCUGUGGAGCUGCCCCGCAGAGCCGUGGGGACUCGGAGACUGUGGGCACAAGGAGGACGCAGGCGUGCUCUGCUCCCGUGACAGGGGGACCACAGCCCCGCUGCCAGCACUGGCAUGGGCGUCAGCCUGGGCAGAGAGCCGUGGGGAGGGACAGCAGGCCCAGGUCCCGCCCAGCCACUUCUCUGGGGUCUUUCUCUUACGGAUUGUGGGUGUUUGA